AGGACCCAACAUGCCGGCGCACAUAUUAGCAUCGAGAGUGUAGCGAGGAAGCGUUUUUACAACAAUUUAUCAUAAAACUACGGUUUAAUGAUAACAUAUAACAAUACAUAACGCCGGUAAAUCGAUAUGUGUGGCACAUGAAGUGCCAUGAGUUAUUUUGGAAGAGUUGUUUACACGAUAACAGUUACAAGGGACACUGCUGAAGUCACUUCAUGAUGUCUGUGUGGGCGACAGAGGAAGUCCUGAAAUGGACCCUUCGCUUUUGCAGCCGCAGGACUCCGUGGACACACCGUAGUCUCCUGGUGGCAACAUCAAUCAAAGACUCAUCUCUUCGUCACACUCGGUCAGCACAUGUCUGGUGCACGGGGCAAAACCAGACCUGCCUGCUCACGAGUCCGUUCCACUCAGUGAGGUUUUAUUCACAGGAUAGUGUCCACGGUGUGCAGGAGAAGGAGCUUGUCUCUCUGUCUGAUGAGAGGACCUCAGUCAAGAGGCAGAAGACUUACCGUUUCAUGGAAAACCUUCAGCGAUGUGGCUCCCCGUCAGACAUCUUGGACUUCACCACUGAGUAUGCGCCCACUACUCGACAGGUCAGCAGCUGCCUGACGCGCAUGUGGUCCAUCUCGAAGAAGCUGUCAGAGGAGCAGCGGCGCCUUGAGCUGCAGCUGAUGUUUGAGCAUCCUGGCUUUCAAAGGCUGCUGAAAAGAGCCAUGAAGUGUGUGGGAGACAUGCGCAACGAGGAUGUGACCUACUCUCUCCUGAGCAUAGUCAGCCUGGGUGUGUCGCAACACAGCCGCGUGGUCCAGACUUUCCUACGAGCAUGUCAGGAGAACCUGAACGACUACGACAUGAAGAGCCUGUCGAUCCUUGCCUCCUGUCUGGAGAACAUGGACGACUGUCCCAAUGUCAACGCACUCAAGGAGGCCGUGAGGCUGAUCGUUGACGCUCAGCUUCCCAACAUCCAGGAUGUAAAGGCUCUGCAGACGAUGAUGCGGAUGUCGGGGAAAGACGCUCCGCUGGCGCUCAAACGUAAACUUGAGAAAAAGGCUUUGUCAAUGAUGGACCAGUUCACGAUUCCCAACACCCACUACAUGAUCACCACCAUGGCCACAGUGGGCCUCUUCUCCAAACCUCUGCUCGAUGUCUGUAGUAAGAAGUUCACAGAAAACCUUCAUGAAACCCCCUUCAACAGAUUGUUGGCAGUGUUGCUUUCCUGUCGGGAGCUGCACUACAGAGACCUGUACAUGCUCACUGGCACUUCAGACUACAUCACCUCCACCAUGGACAUGUGGAGCAACAAGCAGCUCCUCCUCUUCCUCUCUGCGUUCGAGGACCUCCUCUUCUGUCCGUCCUCUCUGAUGGAAGCGUACGCGGAGAAGGUGAUGUCCUGUCCGGACGCUCUGACGCUUCAGGAUCUGCUCUGUGUCCUAAAGGUCUUCUCCUCUCUGAACUAUGACCUGCAGCAGCACAGACAACAGUUCCUGGAUGGUCUCACUCAGGUCCUGGUCCCGUAUCUGCCCAAGAUGACUGAACUGAGACUGUUAAAGUCUGUGUUCUACCUGUGUCUCCUGGGCCACUUUCCCUCCGAGCCACUGAAGCAGCUCCUGCAGCCGAGUACGAUGGAGUGCUUUAGCUCCACACCGUUGAAAUAUCUCGACAGCCAGGUGAGAAUGUUCCAGACGUUGGACCUGUGUCUCCGUCUGGAUCGUCCUCAUCUCCCUUGUCCCUUGACCGUGCCCCCGUCUGUCCUCGAUGGCCCCGCCCCCUCGAGUCCACCUGUGAACCCUCAGCUCUCACAGAUCCUGCAGAGUCUGCUCCAGGACCAGGACCAGGCAGAGACGAAGCUACAGGAAAUGGUGCUGGUGGAGAACGCCUAUUUCAUAGACGCCCUGAUAACAAAACCUCCACCAAAGGAAACGUCCGUGAGUCUCAGUGAAGGAGCGGCAGCGUCGUCUCCAGCAGAGAGCAGUCAAAGAAUCGCAGUAAUCUGUGCGCCACUGUCCGUGCUUUGCUUCGGUACAUCCGACCCUCGCGGUCUCUUGGCCGUCAAGAUUCGCCACCUGAGAAUCCUGGGAUUUAAUCCUGUUCUGGUAACGGAGCAGGAGCUGUCGUCCGUCAGCCAGGAGCAGGCGACCGAGUUGCUCAGGGGACGCAUUUUUCCGGAACACCACCGGACAGACGCGCAACUGCAACGCUGAAGACGGACGUAAGGGAUUAUUAUUAUCACUGUAAACAAGAAAUAAACUUGACCUUUAAAAAGUU